CAGUAACCACCAAGACUAAAACACUAAAAAUGAUUCCAACUGUCGCUCGUGCAUUCAGCAACACCGCCAGAUCAAACAGACACGUCGCUGUCCUCGGUGCAAACGGUGGUAUCGGUCAACCACUCUCUCUCCUCUGCAAGCUCAACAACAACGUCACUAAGCUCAGCUUGCUCGAUUUGAAGGGUGCACCAGGUGUCGCUGCUGAUUUGUCCCAUAUCCCAACAAGCGCACAAGUCAAGGGCUACAACCCAGAGAACAUUGGCGAAUGCCUUAAGGGCGCCGAAGUCGUCAUCAUCCCAGCUGGUGUCCCAAGAAAGCCAGGUAUGACCAGAGACGAUCUUUUCAACACCAACGCCUCUAUCGUCAGAGACCUCGUCAAGGCUGUCGCUGAACACGCACCAAAGGCCUCUAUCCAAGUUGUCUCAAACCCAGUCAACUCCACCGUUCCAAUCGCUGCUGAAGUUUUGAAGAAGGCAGGCGUUUUCGAUGCUAACAAGCUCUUCGGUGUUACCACCCUCGAUGUUACCCGUGCAUCCACCUUCAUCGCCGAAUCCUCAGGCAAGCCAACUGAAGGUCCAAACUACACUGUCCCAGUCUACGGUGGUCACUCUGGAAAGACCAUCCUUCCACUCAUCUCACAAGCUCAACCAAAGACAGAACUCCAAAAGGAAGUCCACGAGGCACUCGUUAACAGAAUCCAAUUCGGUGGUGACGAAGUUGUCAAGGCCAAGGAUGGUGCAGGUUCAGCUACUCUCUCCAUGGCAUUCGCUGCUGCCAAGUUCGCAGACGAAUUCAUCCAAGGUUUGAACGGCAAGUCUGUCACCGUCCCAUCAUUCGUCAACCUCAACCACGUCGCCGGUGGUAAGGAAAUCCAAAAGGAAAUUGGUGCUGAGCUCGAAUACUUCUCUGUCCCAGUCACCCUCGGUCCAAACGGUGUCGAAAAGGUCUCAUCAAUUGGUCAAAUCAGUGACUACGAGAAGCAGCUCUUUGCUGAAGCACUCGGUGAACUCCAAAAGAACAUCGAAAAGGGUGUCGCUUUCGCUAACGCAAACUAAGUAUUUUGAAGUAGGACAAAUAGAUUGAUUGAAGUUUCUAAUAUUAUGUGAUAUGUGAUAUUUGAUAUUAUCUAUUAAAGACCUCUCUUUGUCUUUUAUGAUCACACUCCCUAUCUGUUCCUGCCUAAAGUC